AUGCGCAUACACGUUCCCCUUUUCCUUUCAUUUUUCUGUAUAUUUCUCUCGCUCUUUUUCAUAUCUAUCUCUCAUCUACUUUCCCCACUCUCUGUCCUUUUUCUACCCACUCUUUAUGUUUCUCUCUAUUCUUAUCUAUCACCCCUCUCCUUUCUACUCUCUCUGUCAUUUUUCUACCCCCUCUUUGUUACUUUCUAUUCUUAUCUAUCUCUCCUCCCCUUUCUACUCUCUCUGUCAUUUUUCUACCCACUCUUUAUGUUUCUCUCUAUUCUUAUCUAUCACCCCUCUCCUUUCUACUUUCUCUGUCAUUUUUCUACCCACUCUUUAUGUUUCUCUCUAUUCUUAUCUAUCUCUCUUCUCCUUUCCCCUCUCUCUGUCAUUUUCUACCCCCUCUUUGUUACUUUCUAUUCUUAUCGAUCUCUCCUCUCCUUUCUACUCUCUCUGUCAUUUUUCUACCCUUUCUUUAUGUUUCUCUCUAUUCUUAUCUAUCACCCCUCUCCUUUCUACUCUCUCUGUCAUUUUUCUACCCCCUCUUUGUUACUUUCUAUUCUUAUCUAUCUCUCCUCCCCUUUCUACUCUCUCUGUCAUUUUUCUACCCACUCUUUAUGUUUCUCUCUAUUCUUAUCUAUCUCUCCUCUUCUUUACUCUCUCUCUGUCAUUUUUCUACUCCCUCUUUGUUUCUUUCUAUUCUUAUCUAUCUCUCCCUCCGUUUCUACUAGCUCUGUCUUUUUUGAACCCACUCUUUAUGUUUCUCUCUAUUCUUAUCUAUCACCCCUCUCCUUUCUACUCUCUCUGUCAUUUUUCUACCCCCUCUUUGUUACUUUCUAUUCUUAUCUAUCUCUCUCUCCCCCUUUCUACUCUCUCUGUCAUUUUUCUACCCCUCUUUAUGUUUCUCUCUAUUCUUAUCUAUCUCUCCUCUCCUUUACUCUCUCUCUGUCAUUUUCUACUCCCUCUUUGUUUCUUUUCUAUUCUUAUCUAUCUCUCCCUCCGUUUCUACUAGCUCUGUCUUUUUUGAACCCCUCUUUAUGUUUCUCUCUAUUCUUAUCUAUCACCCUCUCCUUUCUCUCUCUCUGUCAUUUUUCUACCCCCCUCUUUGUUACUUUCUAUUCUUAUCUAUCUCUCCCCCUUUCUACUCUCUCUGUCAUUUUUCUACCCCUCUUUAUGUUUCUCUCUAUUCUUAUCUAUCUCUCCUCUCCUUUACUCUCUCUCUGUCAUUUUCUACUCCCUCUUUGUUUCUUUCUAUUCUUAUCUAUCUCUCCCUCCGUUUCUACUAGCUCUGUCUUUUUGAACCCCUCUUUAUGUUUCUCUCUAUUCUUAUCUAUCACCCUCUCCUUUCUACUCUCUCUGUCAUUUUUCUACCCCUCUUUGUUACUUUCUAUUCUUAUCUAUCUCUCCUCCCCUUUCUACUCUCUCUGUCAUUUUUCUACCCACUCUUUAUGUUUCUCUCUAUUCUUAUCUAUCUCUCUUCUCCUUUCCCCUCUCUCUGUCAUUUUCUACCCCCUCUUUGUUAUUUUCUAUUCUUAUCUAUCUCUCCUCCCCUUUCUACUCUCUCUGUCAUUUUUCUACCCACUCUUUAUGUUUCUCUCUAUUCUUAUCUAUCUCUCCUCUCCUUUCCCCUCUCUCUGUCAUUUUUCUACCACCUCUUUGUUUCUUUCUAUUCUUAUCUAUCUCUCCUCCCCUUUCUACUCUCUCUGUCAUUUUCUACCCUCUCUUUAUGUCCCUCUCUAUUCUCAUUUACUACUCUUUCUCUCUUCACUUUCUGUUUCUCUCUUAAUUUCUCUCUCUCCUCUCUCUAUUUCCUUUUCUCUAUCUCUUUCCUCUCUGCUCUUAUUGUGUUCUCUAUCUCUCUCGCCCUUUCUCUCUCAUUUCUUUCCAUCUCUCUAUCUCUCCGCUUAUCUCUGUUCCCGUCUCUCUAUUUUCCCUUUUUUUCUAUUUCGCUUUUCUUUUUUGUUUCUGCCCCUCUCUUUUAUUAACACUCCACCUAACACUUUUCUUUUCUCCUCCUUUUCUUCUCUCUCUCUCUCUCUCUUUUCUCCUCUCUGCAUUUAUGUAUCCCUCUCUUUUUGA